AUACAUAUGUAUAAAAUAAUAUCAUAAUAUCAGACCUGUCAAUAUAAUUAACAUGUUUAAUGCUUCACGAUUUUGUUACACUUAGCCAUUCAAGUGUAUGGGCAUUGUGCUUCUUAUUCAUUAUAUUAUUUAAAUGACAACUUGGAUGAAAAGCAGCCAAGCACUUUUAAAAGUAAAAUAGCGUAUAGGGGCACGUGAUGGAGUUGCAAAAUUUAAGUUUACAAGUCAUAAAUAUUUAUAAAAGAAUUAUAUUGGCUUGGCAUAUCUAAUAAAGCUAAGCGUAGUAAAUAAAAUUAUUGUCCCAUAAGAGAAUCAGAAGAGAAUAUACUUUAGUUUGUGGCGAUCAUGAUUCGGACAAGUAACGAGCUCCGAAUUAUUUUUCUUGUAUACCUUUGUCUCUGGGUCAACAUAAAUGUGCAGGGAGAGGAUGUAGUUCAACAGUAUUAUGUGAAUAGUUCGGUAUGCAAAAUGCCCUAUGUGGAUCCCUUCACGAGUGAUAUAAUGGGAGAAUUUGAAAAAUCUCAAUUAAAACUUUGCUCCAAAGACAAAGAUAUAGUGACUAGCGUUUAUGAUUAUGAAAAACAACAGUAUCGCCUACACAUAAACGAGGACGUCGCCAGACCCAUACUGGAAACAAAGAGAAAUGCGACUCUGGAGUGUCUAUAUCAAAAGAUAUCGCGGAAUAAUACUGCCAAGUAUCCCGAUCGUACUUAUAUUAAAUUUCAGGGUCAGCGCUUUGUGCAAGACCAGCUAGUGCCGAAGGACACCGACUUUAUUAUAACCAAAUGCUUUGCCAAGGACUUAAAAAAUAUAAGUGAGUUGCUCCAAGAAGAUGCCAUGACAUUUAUUCCGGAAAUGUGGACAAGCCCAGAAAAGGUUAGAACUCAGCCAAGUGUCCUAAUUAUGGGUCUUGACUCAAUCUCACGGAUUAAUUUUCGGCGAACGAUGCCAUUAGCUUACAACUUCGUUAACCGCCCAGGAUGGUACGAGAUGCAGGGUUACAACAAAAUAGGCGACAAUACUUAUCCCAAUUUGAUGGCCGUUCUCACAGGACACUCGGAAAAAGGAGCUGAGCAAGUGUGUGAUGUAACACUCGCGGGCUGCCUGGACACUCUGCCUUUCAUCUGGAAGCGAUUCAAGAAUGCCAGCUACAUGACAGCCUUUGCCGAGGAUUGUGAAUCAAUUAAUACGUUCAACUACAUGCAAGCCGGAUUUAUAAAGCAGCCAACGGAUUAUUACCUACGUCCCCUGCUCCUGGCCAUCGAAAACCAGUUUAACGUGACCAAAGAAUUAUGGCUCCCGUUCUGUAUAGGUCGCCAUCACAGUUUCAGUUAUGUCUGGGACUUUGGUAAACAGUUCAUCGAUCGGUUCCUGGGAACAUCGCCAAUGUUUGGAUUCCUGUGGAGCAACAGCUUCACCCACGACUACUAUUCGGGAGCCACAGCUUUGGACGAGCUCUUUCGAAAGUAUCUCACGUCCUUUGAAGAGGCCCAUCUAUUUGAGCACUCAAUUGUGAUCUUGAUGAGUGAUCAUGGCCAACGUUAUAAUUUGUUAAGGGAAGCUUCCUCUGGCUAUUUCGAGGAGCGCAUGCCCAUGAUGUUUAUCUAUAUACCACCAUGGUUCCGCCAAAAGUAUCCUGUUCUGGUGGAGAACCUUGAGAAGAAUCGCAAUCGCUUGACCUCCAACUACGAUAUCUACAUGACCCUGCAGCAUUUGCUACAGUUAAAAAGCAAAUCCAUGGAUGAUUUUCCCGACGACUUAAGGGCAAAGCAAUGCCCCACCUGUCAGUCGCUCUUCUUUGAGGUGCCCUUUAACCGCACCUGCCAAAUGGCCGGAAUCGAGGAGAAAUGGUGCUGCUGUCAACCCACGGAGACAAUCAAAGUGUCCUCGUAUGUACAGUCCAUUGCUCUGGCCAUUGUAAAUCAUAUGAAUAAUCAUCUGAAGGAACACCAACUAACCGAGCUCUGUCACAGUUUCAGUCUAAAAGAAGUCCACAAAGUGGACCGCAAAGCCAUCUUAGCCACGGGUCUUAGGCCCGCUGAUAAAGACGAGCAUAUCUACAUUAUUGUGUUCUCUACUUUUCCAAAGGAACCCAAAUUUGAAGCCACUGUCCGGUGGAACAAUCGCACUAAUGAAUUGCUCGAUAUGGACGUUGAUGAACUGAGUAGACUGAAUUCAUAUGAACAUGAUGCCAACUGUAUCAAUAAAAAGAAAGCCAAAAUAUACUGCAUUUGUAAGGAUAGUGUUAUAGCAGAGAAGAUGACAAUAAGCACUCAGAGUUCGAUGGGCAAGAAAACUACUGCUACUAUAUCUUAAUUGAAAGGUGUUUUAAAGCUCUUUGAAACAAUUAAAAGUGGAUUAUUUAAUCUUACUUUCACUCAAAAGAUAUUCAAUAAAUGAAAUGAAAACGUU